GUGACUGCGCGAGCGGCGGGGGCGCGGACGACGCUCCGCGGGGCUGCGCGAGUGGGCGCGGAGCUCGGGCGGGCGGGAGGGGGCCGGGGAGGGGGGGACCGGCGGCGGCCGAGCGGCGAGCGAGGAGCGGGGGAGAGCAGCGGGGGCGAGAUGAGCGCUGGGCUCCCCCUGGGCAGAGAGCCGCCCUCCGCAGCCGCCGCCUGUGAAUGAACUGAGGCGAGGCGGCCAGCCGGGUGCCCCCCUCCUCCUUCCCCUUGUCCCCGGGCCGGCCUGCCCGCCGCCGGUCCCACCGCGGACGUCCUCGCCUGCCCCCGGCCUCCCUGCCCCCACGCACCUUCGGCAGCGCGGAGCGCGGCCCUGCCCGCCACAACCGGCUCCGUCCGCCGCGGCCGGGGCGAACUGAAGGAAAGUCAUCAUGGGAGCAUUUUUAGACAAGCCAAAGAUGGAGAAGCAUAAUGCCCAGGGGCAAGGGAAUGGGCUUCGUUACGGUCUGAGUAGUAUGCAAGGCUGGCGAGUUGAAAUGGAGGAUGCACAUACGGCUGUGAUCGGUUUGCCAAAUGGACUUGACGGAUGGUCGUUUUUUGCUGUAUAUGAUGGGCACGCUGGAUCACAGGUUGCCAAGUACUGCUGUGAGCAUUUAUUAGAUCACAUCACGAGCAACCAGGAUUUUAAAGGGCCAGAUGGGCCACCAUCUGUGGAAAGUGUAAAGAGCGGCAUCAGAACAGGUUUUCUGCAAAUUGAUGAACACAUGAGAGUCAUCUCCGAGAAGAAACAUGGUGCAGACAGAAGUGGGUCAACAGCUGUGGGUGUCAUGAUUUCUCCCCAACAUACGUACUUCAUCAACUGUGGAGACUCGAGAGGUUUACUUUGUAGAAACAGGAAGGUUCACUUCUUCACGCAGGAUCACAAACCAAGUAAUCCACUGGAGAAAGAGCGUAUACAGAAUGCCGGUGGCUCUGUAAUGAUUCAGCGUGUGAAUGGCUCUCUUGCUGUUUCAAGGGCACUUGGGGACUUCGAUUACAAAUGUGUCCAUGGGAAGGGGCCUACAGAACAGCUAGUCUCACCCGAACCUGAAGUUUAUGAAAUUGAGAGAUCAGAAGAAGAUGAUCAGUUCAUCAUACUGGCUUGCGAUGGUAUCUGGGAUGUUAUGGGAAACGAAGAGCUGUGUGACUUUGUAAGAUCCAGACUUGAAGUCACUGAUGACCUUGAGAAAGUUUGCAAUGAGAUAGUUGACACCUGCUUGUACAAGGGAAGUCGAGACAACAUGAGUGUGAUAUUGAUCUGUUUUCCGAAUGCACCAAAGGUAUCGCCAGAGGCGGUGAAAAGAGAGGCAGAGUUGGACAAGUACCUGGAAAGCAGAGUAGAAGAGAUCAUAAAGAAGCAGGGUGAAGGAGUCCCAGACUUAGUCCACGUGAUGCGUACGUUAGCAACUGAGAGCAUCCCAAACCUCCCGCCGGGGGGUGAAUUGGCGAGCAAACGGAGUGUGAUUGAAGCCGUUUAUAACAGACUGAACCCCUACAGGAAUGAUGAUACUGAUUCUGCCUCAACUGAUGACAUGUGGUAAAACUGCUCAUCUGGCUGUGGAGUUCACGUUUCAUCCUUCAAAUGAAAGUGCAGCCCAACCUCAGUGACCCUUCUUAAGAUCCAUCCUCGACCUUAAUUAAAGAAGGGAGUACAAUGGGUUGGUGAGAGUGACUACAGCAGUAUGACAUCUAGCCCAGGAACUGAUCUUUUUUUGUAAAACAGACUUCUGUAAACGUGAUUUCAAACCAUAAUUCAUGUUGUAAAUCAGACUCCAGCAAUUUAUGUUGUAUGAUUUUUGUUUUUGUAAAGUGCAAUUGUCUUUGUACAAAAUGCUCAUAUUUAAUUAUGAACCGCUUUAAAUCACUAUAAAGGUUAGAAGAAAUGUUUGGCUUGUGUGAUGCAACAAUAUAUAUCCCUUUAAAUUCAUGUUGUGGUUUUGGAUUGCAAGGAGCAGCAGCCUAGCCAGCUAGGUGCUCAAGAGGUGCACAAAACUGUAGAGAUAACUUGGUUUUAUAUGAAAGCUGAACUUGUGGGCGACUUCCCAGAAACUACAGUGUGUAAAUUUGCUUGGCAAUGGAAAAAUAACUUAAAGAGUAGUGCACAUUCUUCAAACGUGUAUAUUGGUUCCUUGGACGUACUCCUGCUCUCACAUUGAGUUAAAGGGAGUUCUGAUUUUGACUUCAGUGGGAGUUAAAUCACCCCCUAUUAAUAGUAACGUGUUCAUAGGCAGAUGAACCGUGGGAUUAGAAUGCCUUGAUUCUUUGCACCUCUUUAUUUCAUUAACCCUUACCUGCAACUACUAAUCACUGAGCACGAACAGGCAGCUUUCUACGUACGGUAGGAGUCUGCAGCAUUUUCACAAUCCUGACGGGCUGGGUCUGCUGCUGUUCCAAGUAAAAUACUCUGAAUUCCAUUUUAUCAAUAAAGCUUGAUUUAACAAACAAGACAUUUAUCCAUAAAUGUGUAAUUCCUUUUUUUCCUGCCUUUUUAAAUGUCAGUGCCAUUGUAAAUGAUAUUUUACUUGUGGAAGAAUAUUUUUAUUAAUUGGUAGCCCAUUUUUAAAAUGGGUAGGGUUUUGAUUACUGCCCAAGACAUAGCCAUAUGGUAGAGGAUGAUGUGGGAUUAAUCUCUUACCCUCUUUUUUUCUUACAAGUGUGUUUUUUUCUUUCAGGCUUUUUGUUUUGUUGGUUUCUUUCCCUCCCCACCGAAGAUGUGCAUUGGUUUGAAUUUGCCUACUGUUUGAUGCAAAUACAUUUGUCAAAGCCUGACAAUCUUUAACAUUUUAUGGUGUGUGUUUUUAAUUGACCCACUUACUUAGAAUGAGAGCCUAGCGGUUAAACAGUACUUGUGAUUUGAGAUAUAGCAUGUUGACGAUAUUUAACUGUUCGUUGUUUAAAAAUUCUAAUUUAAAAUUUUAUAAGAUAAUAAACUAAUUUCAUUUAAGCUUAGCUUUCUCCCAUUGAGCAUACAAAAAUUAAGUUUUCAAGUCAGUCGUGUUUGCAAAACUGUUGUUUUGUGCACCUUGUAUUGUCUUUUUGGUUGAGAAUAUUGUAUUUAUUAUGUAGUUUACUCAUUUAGUAGGCAGAUUCCCCAAAAGGAAAAUCAGUAAAACAAGUAGAUUGUAACAUUUAUUGCAGUUAAACAGAAUCAAAACUUGGUGUAUAAUUACUUUUUGAUAGGAAAAUGUAGUACAAUGCAUUUUGCUAUAUUUGUCUUUCCCUAACUUUGAAAUAUACAUAUUUGUAUAUAUAGCCUUAAAACUAAUGCAGAGUUAGGGAACACUGAACAGUGAAAAAGUAACUUAUAGUGUCUUGGAACUAAGUAUAGUAUAUACCAGCAAACUUUUCUUUUAUCCCUCUUGUCUAUGUGGGGUGCUUAAACGUAACUUCAUUGUAUUCAGUUUGUAAUUUGUUCAAGCAUGAAUGAAGAAAACAUAAGCACUAUUUGUAUUUAUAAAUUUAUAGCAAUUUUUGCUUAAAGAACCAGUUCCUUACCUACCUAUGAAUAAAUGCUUAAAAUGUCUAAUUUUGUUGUAGAGUGCAAAACUAUAAUAAUGUUAAGUUAUAGCUUCACAGGCACCUAAUUAACGAGCAUAUUUAACAAUACAUGGCGUAUUAGUGCAAAAAAGCUACACCUAAUUUAGGACGAGGCAGAUGGAUUGCUGUCCUUUCUCAUAGAGACUAAAGUUUAGGUUUGGAAACCGCAAAACCUUGGACUGGACUGUGGAACCUUCGAGUUUUUUAAACGUUAAAGACCAGAAGUAAAACUGUGGUGUGCAAAGCCAUACUUCGUAAUCACUUACACUGUCUCAGCGACAAAUGAUGCGUUUGAAGCCUCUUCUUCCGAGGUCUCCUAAAGGUUAGAAAGAAGUUAGUUGUGCUGUUGCUACAGGCGAUGUCAGUAGGUUUGAGGGCAGUGCAAGAAAGCCCGUUUCAGGCCUUUCUUCUCCCCCGCCUGUGUUCAGCGUUUUGAUGAGGUCCGAGCACUGAGUGUAUUACGUAUGCGUUAACACUGCCAUUUUAGAUACCGAUUUUGAUUACAAAAUAGAUGAAUUAAGUAUAUAAAGCAUCUUAGGAAAGGGGCAAGCUGUACUUUUCACUGCUCUGAAAAGAAAAAGGCACUUUUGCACCUUUGUGCAUCUCCUUCUUGCACCAGAAACUUUUUUUUUUAAAUGCUAAAAAAACAUUAGCACCUCAGGGGCAAGGCAGCAAUUGUGUUAAUUUUUAAGUAUUGUGUCCUAUUUAUUUCCCUCUUAGGAAAACAAAAAUCCUGUGUGACAAAACUGAAAAUUGUUUGAUGUUUAAAGAUGUAUUUUUAAAUACAUGUUCAAAUAGGACGGUCCCAAUUUGCUUGUUUUUAAAAGGAAAUGACGUUUGUAAAGCUACUGUGCUUCGUAUGCCAUGAGACUUUGUUUUCCUUCUUUUGACUGCUUCACUGGCUUCGGUUUCUGUGAGUUUUGUUAUAGUCAGAUUAAAUGUUUCACUGGUUGUUCUGGGAAAAUACCUGUACUGCCCUAUAGACAAAACUGUUUCCAAAAAAAUUCUCACUAAUUCAGCAUUGAAAUAUGUUCAAGACAGAGGCUUCUAAAAUGUGCUUUAAAACCAAUGUUGGAUUAGCUAAAUGCAGUUACGUUAAGCGGGGUCCUAGAUUUGCAAGGCUUUGUAAAUGUGUUGUAUCGAUAGAAAUCUGCAGGUCCUGUGGGAAUGACGAAGCUCGUACCAAGCCAGGAGUCUGCACCGCAAAAUCCUCCGUGUGGGGCCGGCGUUCGUUUUAAUUGUCCAGCAGGAUGAAUUGGAGAGAGACAUUUCCUCCAUUUGUCGUUAAACUGUGCUAAGUUGCGGUAAUCCCGGGUUGUGUCAUUAGCGAGGUGCCUGAUGAAUACGAAGCGGCAAAUGAGUAACGGUAGCACUUGCUGUGGCAGCUCAUGCGGGUGCCCAGGCCAGUAAUUUUAACAUGUACUUACGAUAAACUGACUUCAGAGCCCGUUAAAUGGUUUGUUGCAAAGCUGGUGCUGUCUCUACAUAGGUUAAAAUCUGAGCUUUUUACUCCGUUCAAGAAUUGGAAACUUCAAAAGGAGGUUUAUAAUAACAGGAUUAGGGCAGAUUAGGAAAUACUUCUUCACAGAAAAGGUUGGGAAGCACUGGAACAGGCUGCCCAGGGCAGUGGUGGAGUCACCAUCCCUGGAGGGGUUUAAAAGAUGUAUAGAUGAGGUUCUUAUGGACGUGGUUUAGUGCUAGUGCUGGGUUAUGAUUAUACUUGAUGAUCUUGAGGGUCUCUUCCAACCAAAAUGAUUCUAUGAUUUUAUAAUAAUUUAGGAACUAAUGAUUCAGAUCCAUGAUCGACUUACAUCAAGACUAAAGGGUUGCCAUGGCCCUACUGCCCUCUUUGUGCCAGCACUCGUGCUUGUGUGGCCGUGCAGUCAGGGGAAAGGAAAGCGAUGUGUGCUCUUCAGCUGGGUAAGUCCAUGUACCCGCAUCCCACAGCUGGAUUUAGGGCAAAAUGGGAGCAAAGGGUGCACCAGCCCUUCUGCCUCAGUUUGGGAAGUAACACCCUAAAAGCAGAUAAAUGAUCGUCCUGUGUAGGGAGUAUCAAAGCCUUUGCAGAUCUUUCUCCACUCUAAAGGCAAACAUUUUGCUUUGGUAAACACUCGUUCUUAAAACUGGAAUUGUGAGGCUGGUUUUAAUGUUGUCUUGUGGCUGCAUUCCACGCUGACAAACUUAUUUUCCGUUCUUUCUCCAAUAGGUAGCUCUGUCCUGUGGGACAGACAGCGUGGCUGCCACAAUUAGGUUAACAAUACAGUUGUUACAGUUCACCUUAUUUCGGUGUACAUCAGGAUUUCAUCAUGCCAAGAUGUUCACGUUCGUCCCUACCUGCACCUUCUUGAAUUGCUUUUAUGCUCAAAUGGCUUGAUGUGUUUAAAUUUCUCGAUGUUUAAACUUGGCCACAUCUGUAACGCACCAACCUUUAGUAAAAUGUUACCCUUUUCCUCAUCAUUUGGCAAAUAGUGUUUUAGUACUAACCUGAUGUACCUCGCCAUAGGUUCAGAAACAGCAAAACUGUGUAGAGCUAUCGAGCUGUACCUGACAAUUUUCCGUGGAGAAUGGAGUUGUUACUCUGUGCCAAGCUUCACGAGGUGUGAAAAUAAUGUCUCCCAGAUAACUAGUGUAGCUCCUUGUUCCUACAGCUUCUGGUGUCCGAGAGGAUCGGCACCCUCAGCCUUUCUAUACCAGUACAGGCUCUAAAGUCUCUACUUGGCUGCAGAGAUUUUUUUUAACUCUUUAAGUGGUAGAAAGAGGCUCUGCAUGUGAAUUUCUAGGAUGCUGUAGUGCAUGGAAUGAACACGAUUCCGGCUACAAGCUGUAAAAACUGAGUAAGAUAUAAAAGUCCCAAUCUGGUGCUGAGUACCUUUGACUGACCUGUCUGUGAAAUAUUGAUCAGAGAAUCUGAUGUUUUGAGAUGUCUCUGGAGUGUUUGCGUGGUCUGCAGGUCUGUACAGACCCAGGUGUGCACCUUCUGAAACACUCUGGAGCCUUAUUUUGCUUAAUUAUUUUAAUGAGGUAGCAGUCAGCUGGGCCAUGGCGUUUGUUCACAGAAGUUCAAGAAGCUGUAGGAGAACGUAAAGCUUUUAUUUAUUCUCAUGGACCACUAAAUGCUUUCGAUUAAAAAGUAAAUCUACAGGGUGCUACAUGUUGAGUUUACAUCAUCUCCCACUGAAAACUUGAUUCCAGAAAAAUCUACAAAUAUUUCUACUGUUAAUACAUGAAAAAAAAAUGUCUGGAGCUGUUACCUUCUGAUUGUGCUUAAGUUAUCGAUCUAUAGAGACUUAGGUCCUAUGCGUACUCCUUGCUUUAUCUGUGUUUUCAUUUGAUGUUCCUUUUGAGUAGCAGUAAAACAAAACUGGUUUUAUUAUUUUUAUGGGUUUUUUCCCUUCACGUAGAUACUCCUCUACAGUCACUGUGCUUCCGAGCUAAGAGAACAGGAGCGAUAAUGGUGUCUUAGGAGGGGGUUUUGGGGGAGACUUGCUUUCAAUGCAACAACAACCCCCCUAUCCUUUGCAACCACAAAAUUUGGGAAAGUGGGCUUAACGUUACAAAUGCCUUUUCUAGAGUUAAUGGAAUAGCUCUAUUCUGAAAGUGUCAAAACUUCACUAGAGGUGGGAUGACAGGUCAGAUUUCUCGAGUAUAUAUUGGUUUAUGCCUAGCUAUAUUUUUACAUGUACUGACUCCUGGCCAAAUGCUUCUUAAAAUAUCACUCAACACCUUUUGCUCGCUUUUUCCUCCCUCAAAAAGAAAAAUAAAGCAAAUGAUGCUUACGACUGUGUAACCAGCCAUUUAUUUGCGAGGGGGAGCGCUGUGUCGGACGGCACCGUUUUCCUUGAGCGCUACGUCUGCGCUUCUCGGCUCAUUCAAUAUCAUCGAGCCAACUCUGAAAUGCGUUUUUCUUCCAUUAACUGUGUGGCUCUGAAGAACGGGUGGGAGUGCAGGGUUUCACACACUGUGAGUAAACCCCCAGGGUUGAAGGAGGUGCCAUUUGUUGUAUUUUCUGAGCAAUAUCUUUGAGAAGAAAACAAGAAAACUGAGACUGGCAGGUCAUAAAACGUUACAUACUCCUACUUCAGUCAAUGCCUAUAGACUGAGGUCCAGAGUUUAAUUUCGCCUGAGUUACUGAGUUCAACCUGGUCUGAGCAAUGGAAAUAUGGAGUAGCCGAUUCUGUUUUCACUGUUGGGAUUUCAGGCUGAAGCGCAGUAUUUUUAUUCAAACUACAGGCGAAAAUUAAACUAAUACAGUCUUGGGAAAAUCAGGCACGUCCUUAACUUUACGUCCUGCUGAUGUUGAUGGAGCUUCACUCACAACAUCCAGAGUUUGUACGUGUAUCAUUAAAGCCUUAACUGUCCCACUUUUGGAAUGAAAAAGAAAUCUAAUCUUUAUUCAGUUGUGAUCUUUAUUCAGUUUUAAAGGGAAGAAGGCGGCAAAGUAAAAUGUUAGAUUAAUUGGAGAGAACUACUUCAUAAGUCUUUAAACAUGUACGUUGGCAUUUUUUUGUCUUCUAAAACCUCAGAAGGGCGCAGUUAGGAGGUUCAGACUUUGAUGUAGCACUUAUAGCUGUGAAGAUUAAAUAAAAGGAUGAAACCCAAACUGAGUUACCCAGGAUGGAAAAAUGAGACGCUAAAAAUCUAGGAAUAAAUGUGCUGAAUUUAACACAGCGUGAUUUCCACGUCUGGUCAUGGAGCUACCGAAAGGAACUCUGCCGGUGUUUUUAGGGGAACAUUUUAUUGUUGCGAGUGAUGCUGGACUGUCAGACUCUUAAACUGGAAAUGGGGCAUAAUAAAGAGUCCCAUACGUGACAUGUCGCAGAACCUGUUGCCGCACAUUGAUGCUUGUGCAGCCGUUUGAUGCUGGAAACUGGGAUUUCCCAGCGUUAUUGCUGAUGGUGUGAUUCGCAGUGACCUUGAGUACCAAGAGUUAAGUUGUAUUUGUUAACUGGAUCUAACUCUUUGGUGCCAGGAAUCUAGUUGUUUUGGAAUAAGUGCUGAAUUAGGCAAAUGUUCUUGACAAAUCGUGCUGGGUGGUUCAGUACUCGGAAAACCAAAUGACUGGUGGGUUAAUAUGAGACAAAACCUAGAUCCUCCUAGCCAGGGAAUACUGGAUAUAUGAGAAGUGUGAGGUUUGAUCACCAGAACUGGCUCUAGAUCUUUCCAAGCAGAGAUUUUGGUUUCUAGCAUCUGUCUUGUUACUAAGCCCACGUACAAACAUGCUGAAUUAGAGAGUUUUCACCUGUCUGCUCACAGAAUUGACUCCACAUCGUAUCCUAAGAGUCUGGUUUGUAGUGACAUGCUGUGCCUGUCUUUUUAGAACAUUCAUGACCUCUUUAUAUCUAUUUUGUGGAAAGUGUAACUUUUUUCAUUGAUGACCUGUAUAAAUGUGUGUUAUGAAUGGAGAGAUUUAAGCUUGAAAAGCACGUUUGGAGAUUACACAGCUUCAUUAUGGAAUUUAUAAAUUUAACAGAGUAAUAUACAAGAGCAUAACUAUUUUCCUUAAGUAGAAUGUAUAACAAUAAAUAAUAAAUUAUUCUCCACAUAGUUCACCCACUAUUUACAGUUUUACACAAUUCAGACUGUGUGUUUACAGAAAGUUCAAUAAAUGUAUAUUUUGUACUAUGUACAGAUUCCUGGUCCCAAAGAAAAUGUGUGAACUUAGUUUCUAACUUAACUUUUGAGAUUGUACUUUUUCCUUUUCUCUUUCUUUCUUCUUGGUUCUGCUUUGGAAUCAGUUGAACAAACCGCGUUACGCCUGUCAAUGGUGGAGCCUUGCAUUGGAAUAAACGGGAGUUGGAAAUAUUUCUAAUCUACAACAGUGAUUCCACUAAAUAAAACAGGCAAUUACAUCGUG